AUGGACACGAACCAGGGCGUGGUGGCGGUGGUGAAGCCGGCGUUGGCGAAGGGGACGUCGUCGGCGUCAUUCCGGCUCCGCAACGAGAACCUGAACGCGGUGCGCCUCCGCCACGUGUUCGACCUGUUCGACCGCAAUGGGGACGGCGAGAUCACGGUGGGCAAGCUGGCGCAGGCGCUGGACACGCUGGGCCUGGACACCGACCAUGCCGGCCUAGCCGCCUCCGUCGGCGCCUACGUGCUCGACGGCGCCGCGGGUCUCCGCUUCGAGGACUUCGACAAGCUCCACCGCGCGCUCAGGGACGACUUCUUCGGCGCGCUCGCGGACUAG